AUGAAGAAAGGGUCUCUAGGGCAAGAUGGAGAAGGGUGGACGAAGGUAUCUCACCAUAAGCAAAAUGGAAAGAAGGUGAGAUGGGAAGUAGAAGAUAGGGUUAAGGGGAAGAAGGCAAGGGAACCCACAUAUAUCUUCAUCACCAAGUUUCUAGAUAGGAUGAGAGCCAAAGAUCUAUACUUAUUGAUGAAAGACUUCGGUGAUGUGGAUGGGGUAUUCAUCCCUCAUAAGAGAGACAGAAGAGGGAAAAAGUAUGAUUUCAUGCGAUUCUUUGACGUGGACGACGCCAGAAGUUUGGUAUUGAAGCUUGAUAAAUUCUUUAUUGAGAGGAGGAAGUUAUUUGAUAACUUACCUAGGUUCUCAAGAAAUUCGAGAGGAUAG